AAAACAGCGGUUCGGCGAGAUGGUGAAAUUAAAAGCCACUCACAUCAGCUAUUCAGUAAAUUUUGCCUAGAGGAGAAAGAGUGUUAAGAGCUGUUAAUGGUCGUUUUUGCUGAGUGCAUCUCUUUGGAAAACGACCAUAGAGAAGUGAAAGUUGAACUAAAAGCACCUCGAUUGGUCGUUCAGUUCAGUCCAACCAGAGCACAAGUAUUAAGUUAAGAAUUAUGAGUGACAGCAAAGAGGAGCCCGAAAAUCAAGAAGAGGAAGAGACCGGCACUUCUUCUACCCUUCAUCACAGAGUUCCGAAAUGUGCUCGCUGUCGCACGCAUGGCACAGUUUCUUGGCUCAAGGGUCACAAACAUUAUUGCCGUUGGAGGGACUGCACUUGUGCAAAGUGCCAACUUAUUACCGAGAGACAGCGAGUGACCGCCGCACGUGUUGCCUUACUGAGACAGCAGAGAAAAGGAGCUGAGUUGAGGGCAAAAUAUCAAAGAGAACUGGAAAACGCCCGGUUGACGUACUCCAUGGUGUUUCAAACCAACGGAUUAGCUGGAUUCCCAAGCAGCCAUCGACACCAUUUUUAUCACCAUCCACCUCAAGCAGAGAUUGGUCAUCUGGAACCAAGGAUAACGGAAAUUAGACCACAAGCUGGUACAGAACCUCUGAAGCGGUGCGGCUCAGUCUCGGAGGAUGAAGAAGAAGAGGGAACCAGCCCCAAAAGAAUUUCCCUCUCCCCAGACCUCGAAGUUAAACCAGAACCUCGCGAGCAUACUGAAAAAGGUGUCCACACCAGCUCCGCCGAGGAAAGAAAAACUCCUGAUCAUUCUGUCGACCAAAAUAUAAAUCCAAACCAUAAAUACCUACUGGAAAACUUUCAUGAAAGGCCUCAUGAUUUCAGAUAUCCAAGGAUUUCAAAAGAGCUAAGUAUGCUGUCUCUAAGGCAUCCACCAAUGGAAUUACUUGGCAAGCUGUUUCCUCACCAUAACAAGGGCACACUGGAGCUCAUUCUUCAGAGUUGCCAUGGCAGCGUAGUAGAAAGCAUUGAGCUAUUGUUGUCCUCUCAAGAAUCAAGAAGCAAUAAUAUGUCAGCGUUGGCUGGAUGCGGCCUUCCUACAGCCAAUCACACUCCUCCCUUCCUGCAUGGUCCAAUGACUCGAAACGUCAUAACGAGACCGUUGCCCAGCACGCAUGCAUGUUCGCCUUCAAGAAUUUACCCACCAUCACCACUUCCGCCGCCGUUGCUCGUGAAACCUAAACCGGAAAUGGCAAUCAAGUUUUCUUCUAUGCCGCAUAACCCUUACGGUGGCGAUUCUAGGCUAGGAGAGCGGGCCUGUGGGCUUCCUUUGAGCCGUUUUUGUAGCAGGUGUGGUCACAAGAUAAACAUGUUUGACAAGUUUUGUGCCCACUGUGGAAAGGUUCUAAAUGAAGCAACUGGUCUUUAAAUCAAAAGCCACCCUGCCAGACUAUGCAUGUAGAAUUGAUGAUACCAUGGAGACAGAACUUAAAUAAGAUUUUAAAUAAUAGAGUAACUGACCAAGUAUGUGUUGAAGUAGAGGACGAAUUUCAAUAACGAUUUCGUAUAAUUUCUAAAAAAGCCUAAUAUAGACAGAAAAGAAUGUAAUUAAGUACUGCCGCGUGACUUCUAGCCUAUUAGUGAAACGUUAUAAAGAACAACAACAGCGAGGAGGCUAUCUAAUAUAAUGAGUUAUCAAAAGUUAACGAUAGUUUAACCCAAUUGAAACUGGCAUUUCAAAACCUCUUAUUUUGUUGUGUAUUUAAAGUAUACAUAUCCACGAGUCCUAUUUUUGAACAAUUCUUUAUAGUAAUCCUAUGUUUUCCGUUAUUAUUUAAAACAACCUACCAGAAUUUUUAACUCAGAGCCUCUUUUCCCAAAUUUGAUUGGACGGAAAGGAAAGACGAGAGUUAUGGCCUUGAUACUUCUUAAUUUCACAACAUUCUAGGGGAGGAGAAAGGCGGGUUUAACUGAAAACUUACUGAUCUAUAUAUAAUUUACAUUUAUCUUGGAUCAUAUUUUUAAGGGACGCAACACUGUUUAAGUGGAAAGGCUAUCACUGGGUGGUGGGUAACUUAGGUCUGGCGUUUACAUGAUUAGUAGGGUUUGAUAAGAUGGAAGUUGUUAUAGAAUGAAUUAUUAAGGUAACGAAAAUUUCCUAUGUUUUUCCGAGUUUACCGUAAUGUAAGGAAUUUUGUACCAAGAGAUCCUCGUCUAGAAAUAAUUAAGGAAGCUGGGGAGACAGACAGAAGUUAGAAAGGUAUUUGCGAUAAUUUAAAGUACACUGUCAAUUUCAGCGAUUUUGUUGUUUUUGUUCUUCUCCCUAACAUGAUUUCUUUUUCAGUAUUCAUUAUCCUAAUCUAGCCGGAAGUGGACUAACAUUAUCAGUUUCAGCUCCUAAGAUGUGAAGGAGGAAAGUGCGUUUUGUGGAAGUUUGCGAAUUCAGCAAACUUCCUGAGGAGAAUUCAUAUUUAAAAAAGAUCACCACAGAUAUUUAGAAUGGAAAGAAAAAUUUAUAGAAAUAACAUGAUAGACUGCAUAACAAUAACAAAGAAAAUGAUGAGAGUAUUAGUCACAAGAUAGAA